AAGUAGUCGCAUCCACUCAUAUUCCAAGCCUUCUCGCCGCCGCCGCCGCCGCCGCCGCCGUCGCCAUCGCCGUCGUCUUCCUCCCUCCUCCGAUCAGAUCCACGUACUGCUCGAUCAUGGCGGCAUCGGCAACGACCUCCACCUUAGCAGUAACCAUGUUUGGGUAUCCAAACCGCAACUGUCACCUCAAGCCGCCGGCAACUGCCACUCUCCGAUUCUGGCGGAGCGCGGCGGCGGCGGCGGUGGCGACGUCACGGCGGGAGGCGGAGGCGGAGGAGGCGGACGAGGUGAGGAGGUGCCUGGCGCCGGCGAGGCUUGAGGUGCUGGAGCAGAUGGAGCCGUGGGUGGAGGCGCACGUGCUGCCGCUGCUGAAGCCGGCGGAGGAGGCGUGGCAGCCGGCGGACCUGGUGCCCGACGCGGCGGCGCUCGGCGCCGACGGGUUCCACGCGGCGUGCGUCGAGCUCCGGGGGCGCGCCGCCGGCGUGCCCGACGCGCACCUGGUGUGCCUGGUGGGGAACAUGGUGACGGAGGAGGCGCUCCCCACGUACCAGAGCAUGGCGAACCGGUUCGAGUCGGCGCGCGACGUCACCGGCGCCGACGCGACGGCGUGGGCGCGGUGGAUCCGCGGGUGGUCCGCCGAGGAGAACCGCCACGGCGACGUGCUCAACCGCUACAUGUACCUCUCCGGCCGCCUCGACAUGCGCCAGGUGGAGCGCACGGUGCACCGGCUGAUCGGCUCCGGCAUGGCGAUGCACGCGCCGGCGAGCCCCUACCACGGCUUCAUCUACGUCGCGUUCCAGGAGCGCGCCACCGCCAUCUCCCACGGCAACACGGCGCGCAACGUCCGCGCCCACGGCGACGACGCGCUCGCCCGCAUCUGCGGCGCCAUCGCCUCCGACGAGAAGCGUCAUGAGGCCGCCUACACCCGCGUCGUCGAGAGGCUCCUCGAGGCCGACCCGGACACCACCGUGCGCGCGCUGGCGUACAUGAUGCGCCGCCGGAUCACCAUGCCCGCCGCGCUCAUGGACGACGGCCGCGACGCCGACCUGUUCGCCCACUACGCCGCGGCGGCGCAGCAGGCCGGGACGUACACCGCGUCGGACUACCGGGGAAUCCUCGAGCACCUGAUACGGCGGUGGCGCGUGGCGGAGCUGGAGGCGGGGCUCUCCGGCGAGGGGCGGCGCGCGCGGGACUACGUGUGCGCGCUGCCGCAGAAGAUCCGGAGGAUGGAGGAGAAGGCCCAUGACAGAGCGGCCCAGAUGAGGAAAAGGCCCACGGCCAUUCCAUUUAGCUGGAUCUUUGAUAAGCCCGUGGAUCUCAUGCUGCCCUAAUUAAUUACUUUGUUUUGUGCUAAUUAUAUGGUGGGUAUUGAGCUUCUGGUUGUAGUGGUUUGGUGUGUGUUACCCAAAGUUGUGUUCAUUGUAUUUAUCUACCUCAAACUAAAUAAAAUCAAAUGAUGUAAUGUUCCUAGUAAGGUUGUUCAUCUACUGUUUUUUUUUUUAAAGUUUGAUGAAA